UGUUUGGUUCGAAAGAAUGGCUACUCUAUUCCGUCUCUGCUCCAUGAGCUACAGUGCACAUUUGUUUGAUUGAAAUUUGACCGCCGAAUCGCUAUUGUGUGCGGGCUCUAUUAUGCGUAAACACUGCAUAUUGAUUCAGAGGUCGGGCUCUGAAUGCCUAUUCAACACCUCUCCUAAUAGUUUUUUUAUUUUAUUUUAUUUUAUUUUUUUAUUUCAGACAAAAAUCUCCUCCCACUUCCACUCAUCAUUCAGACGAAAAUGUUCUUGGGUUUUCCAUAAAAUGCAUAGAAGACUCUCUCUUCUUGGAUUUUGGGUGUGGCGAAUUUGCGUGUGGUGGAACAUAUGGAGAAAUAGAUGUCGAAGGCGAAGCUUUCCAAAGAAAUGCGCAUGUCUCCCACCGUGCAGCCUAGCGAUUGUGGGAAUGGCGAGGCUCCGAUCAAUUAUCAGCGAUUGUUGUUAGUCUUCUUCCCUUCGCUGUUUUAAAGUUUUGCUUAAUAGUCCUCAAGUUUUCGAGAAAAUAUUUGGGGAUGAAGCAAUCAUGGAUAUUAUCGGUUCUCUUGAAUUUGAAUCGUUCAAGUGCCGUAUCUGCAAAUACACCCUCCAAAAUUUGUCAUACUUUUCCUGGAAAUGGAAGAUGUCAAAGGUUAAGUUUCAAGACCAAAGCUGCGGGUUCAGUUGAAGGAAAUGUACUUGACAAAGAAUCAGCUAGUAUCAGUGACAAGAUAGGUCUUGGAAUAAAUGAGGCUAGGCCACAUGAUAAGCUUCCAUACAGAGGUGUUUGGUUGUGGGUGGGUUCUGAAAUGAUACAUUUGAUGAAACUUCCAAAUCCAGAGCCCUUAAUCAGAAGACCUGAACAUGGAGGUCGAGACCGUCAUGCCUGUAUUUCAAUUCGUGAUGUAUCUAAGCUGCAAGCAAUCCUUGACAAAGCCGGGGUUUAUUUAAAGGGGUAUAAUGCUGCUUUGAAGAAGGAAAUUCUUAUACUUUCACAUUCUCCUUGCCACUUCAAAUUGGUUGCAAAUGAUAAUGCUAUUGGGAAUGGGCUUGAAAUGCUUGAUGGUCAUAAAACUCAUAGGUCACAAAACUCACUCCCAAUAUCUGGUUCAGGAACCUCUUUAGGAGUAGUAAAUUGGUCAACUCAUGAGAAUGUUGUUGUUGCACUUUCUUCUGAAUUUCCUUGCCAAGAAGUUGAAGACUUCAAUCAUCAAGACAAUAAAAAGGGCUUAGAAUGUCUUCUUCAGGCAUGGUUUCUUGCUCAACUUGAUGCUAUAGCUUCAAAUGCAGGGACGGAAGUUAACACGUUGAUUUUGGGGAGUGAAAGUCUACUUCACUUUUAGGUGACCAUAAAUGAUUCUGGAACUUAUGGACUUGUCUCAUCUAAUGGUUUUUCAGAGAAGAGAAAUAAGACAAAGGAUUUGCCAAUUGAAAUUUCAUACAUAUUGACCAUCUCAGAGGAAACACUCCAAAGUGGACAAGUCAAUGCAUAUGAACUUUCAUUUUGAUAACUUUUUGUGUUUGUAAUAUUUGGAUGGUAUAAUGACGUGAUAGAAUGUCAUUAUAAUGUUGUAAUUUUUUUAUGUUGUAAAAUUUUGUAACAUUUUGUAACAUAUAGAUUAUGACAUAUAAACUAAUGAAAUCAUGUAACUUUUUGUUAAUAGAUGAAUAUUAUGUUUGGAUAUGAAAUAUAA